AUGCCUAAAAGAACUCAAGAGGAUAUCUUGAAAGAGGAAGUUUCGGACAUUGAUGUGUCAUCGAGUGAAGAUGAAGAACUCUGUGAGGAUGAAGAACCUGAAUUGAUCGAUGUUGAUUUUGACUUCUUCAAUAUAAAUCCUAAGAUCGAUCAUGAAGGCACAAAAUGUUUCAUAAGACAGAUAUUUCAGCAGGACUCAGAAUUAAUUUCCUUUUCACAAUUAACCGAUGUUCUUCUAUCUAAAAAUGAAGUGGGGUCUGCCGUUAAAACAGAUGGUCCAAAUGGAGAUGUGUUCUCCAUAAUAACAGUUACAGGACUAACAGAUGGUCCUAAUAAUCCAAUCCUUAAGAAAUUCAGUAAUUAUCUAAUUGAGAAAACUGAAAAUGAUGGAAAAUUCAACAGUGUUUUACAUCAACUUCUCAUGCCAGGGUCAAAGCACCUGUUAGGCCUCUUAUUUUCAGAGAGGAUGAUUAAUAUGCCUGUGGAAACGGUUCCUCCAAUGUACAAUAUGCUGAUAAAAGAAAUGGAGAAGGCCGAUUAUAAAUAUGAUUACUUUAUAAUUCCAUCGCGUGUUUACAAGAUAGUUGAUUCAGAGGUCGAUAAAGAAUUGAAAAGAGAGGAGGAUGGUUCAGAGCCGGCACUCAAGAAGCGUUCUAAAAAAGGUACUAACGGAAUGUCUGAGUUGGAUUACUAUCAUGAUGAAGAUGUAAUAUUGGAAAAAUAUGCUUUGCAUCAUGGGUAUUAUGAAUAUACAAAUAAGGGCAUUAACCCUGACGCUAGACGGGUGUUUAAUGAUUACGCUAUUGUCCCCAAGUUAAGCUUAAUCCUAAUUGAUAAGAAUUCUCUUGAAAAGGCUAUAGAGGAGAUGAAUUCCAAAUUUUCUGCCGCGUAA